UAAAACUGCACUUGGAGCAAAAAUCGUUGCCCUGAUUUCCAAAUAGAAAAUAAAAACAUGCACUUGUUUUACCAAUGGAAAUCGCCGCGCCACAAGUUCUCGAACGCGUCUCUCAACACGACACCCCCCACUCAAAUUUUUAAAGACCGUAAACAAAAUAAAAAUGGAUUGUGUGUCAUACUGAAAAAGAUAAAUAAAUUUAAAAUCAGUGGUCAUGUACUUGUAGCGUGAAAUCGCACAAAAAGUUAGAAAUCGUCACACGUUGAAGAUAUCUCAAUUUUAACAUCAAUAGUUUGAGUGCAAUUUUUAAGCAUGACAAAACCAGGUCUCUUCGUUUUAAGUUUAACAAUACAAUUUUUGAUAGAUAAUGUUCAUGGAGCUGCAUCUGAUAUUCAGCUGGAUGCUAAGGCGCAAUCUACCCAUAGGAUAGAUAGUUUAAACUUACUCUCCUAUACUCUUUUACUUAUAUUAACAGUUCUUACAAUAUGGUUGUUUAAACAUCGUAGACUUAGUUUCAUACACGAAACUGGCUUAGCUGUUAUAUAUGGCCUUAUAGUUGGGGCAAUUAUACGAUACUCUGGAUCAACAUCACAAGUACUUAAUAUGCAAGUAUUUGUAGACGAAUCUAAAUAUAAUUCCAGCCUACCGCCAGAUACUUUAUCCCUCUAUAUGCCUAAGCCAAGCGCAAACAAAAAUCUAACGUUUCAAUAUGUCUUUCGUAAUGAAAUUGAUGAUGUCAAAGAAAAUGAAAUUGAUUUGAAAGCUACUUUUGAUCCAGAGAUAUUUUUUAAUAUUAUUUUACCACCGAUUAUUUUUUAUGCUGGAUAUUCUUUGAAAAGGAAAUAUUUCUUUCGUAACCUGGGUGCAAUACUAACUUAUGCUAUUAUUGGUACAACUGUGUCGUCAUUUGUCGUUGGGGCACUGAUGUAUGGGUGUGUCCAGCUCAUGCCUGCUCGACUAGCCAAUAGUUUCACAUUUCUAGACACACUUUACUUCGGAGCACUAAUAUCCGCCACUGACCCUCUGACAGUCUUAGCUAUUUUUAAUGAUCUAAACGUAGAUGUUAACCUGUAUGCCUUAGUAUUUGGUGAAAGUGUUCUUAAUGAUGCUGUUGCUAUUGUUUUAAGUGGAUCAAUUCAACAUUAUGGUAAGAGAUACCAAUUGGGUACUGGAGGUUUUGAAGUAAAAGCAUUUUUGCAAGCUGUUGGUGAUUUUUGUGGGAUUUUUAUGCUGUCAUUGCUGAUUGGUGCUGUUAUGGGCUGUUUAAGAGGUGCCAUGUCUUUUGCCUUGGCUAUUAGGAAUACAAGAUCAGAAGUUAGGCAAGCGAUGUUAACCACUACAUCUCUUAUCGUUAUUAUAACAGUGAUUAUUCAAGGAGGCGCCACUAUGAAUUUAUUGAGAUGGUUCAACAUCCCUAUUGGUACUGACGAAGAAACUGAGGCUAUUUCACAGAAUGGUGCUCCUAGUGGUAAUACUACACCGCGAAAUGACUGGAAUGAACCGUUUGGCCCUCCAGAGCGUCCCAGAGCCAAUGACAAAGCCUUCCUGGCAAAAAUUUGGGGUUCCUUUGACAGUAAAUACAUGAAGCCCCUCUUGACCCAUUCAAGACCCACACUUUUGGAGACUUUACCAGUAUGCUGUACUCCAGUGGCACGAUUUUUAACUACUACUGAACAGAUGACUCAGGAAACUCCAAAUCUAAAAAGUCUAGAUUCAGACUCUGAUCUGUGUAUUGAGGGAAAUGACUUUUCAUCUAGCUCUAGACUUAAUAGCAGAGUAAGUCUAAAAGACUAA